AUGGCAGGCGAGGGCUGCGUGGAGAAACCGGUGUCGACGUUGUGGCGCAAUUACGUUACCAGCAGCAGGCCGGACGUGUCGAUGAGGCUGACCGUCACGAACGGCGGUUUGACCGCCACGACGAAAGAUCACGGCCUGACAGAGUACUGGGCGCAUAGGGUGACCUAUUGCACAGCACCUGCUUCCCACCCGCGCCUCUUCGUCUGGGUGUACCGGCACGAGGGACGGAGGCUGAGGCCGGAGCUCAGGUGCCACGCUGCCCUCUGCACCAAGGAGUCCACCGCGAGGAGGCUUGCCUCGACCUUGAACGCCAGGUUACAGCAGGCGCUCCUGGAAUUCCGACGGGACAAGGUCUCCAGGCAAAAUGCUAGAUUAUCGUUAGCAAACGCUCUGUACGAGAAUCCUUCGUUACCACGACGGAAGCUACUUCUCAGCACCGGUGGUCAAAACUACCGGCCACCGCUCGAGCGAUCGAAAAGCGCGCCGAAACUGUCAGCGAUCGAGGAGGACAUCGUCGCUGAGGAAAUCGAGCAACAGAGGAUCCUCGAGGAGUUGAGGACGUUAGAGAACGUGGCACGCAGCUGGCAAGAUCAAGACAGCUGGAGGCUUGCUCGGUUGCUCGACGCUUUGAAUCGCGAGUCCUCCGACGAGAACGGAAGUAUCUCCAGCGGAUGUGAGACAGCUAGCACCGCGACCAGCGAGGAAAGAGCUCCUGGCCCGGAAGAUCAUCACGCUACAGGUGACACAAGGGAGCAACAGAUGGACAGAAGAGUGAUGUUCGCGAACGAGGCGAUGGUGAGAGGUGGCGGCCCACGAAGGAACUCCGAGGGUUCCCCAAACUUCAUGACCUGUGCCGGCAGUCCGCGUUUUCACCGUCGGAGCGUCGUGCACACCGGCCGAGAGAGGUUUCCAUCGCGCAACGAGGAGGACGAGUCGAUGGAGGAGGAGGACGAAGAGAUAGAGGAUCCAGCCUCGCACGUGUUCGACUUCGAGGACGCCGAGGACUUCGACGACGUGGUUGAUUACAGGCCGAGGGGCGAGAUACUACGCAGGCUGGACGACCCGCAGGAGAGACGAGUAAUGGAGAAAUACCCGGGAAGGAUGAGCCACGACUUGCUGCAGAAUGACGAGUCCCCUUUCUUGACCUUGGACUCGUUGGACGAGGAAGUGGACAGCGACGAGAGCGGCUACGUCGAGGCACCGCCGAAGUCAUUGUUGAGCCAAGACGACCGGAAGGACGAAGAAGACAGCAGCAGCAACGAUCACGUUGAAUCGCGCCAGGAUCAGACCGAGUCAACGCUGAACAUCCUCAGAGGAUCGAACGUGGACGAGAGUCAAAAGGAUUUCAAAGAUGGAGCGAAAGAGGGGGAGAAGGAGGAGGAGGAAGAGGAGAGUGGACAGGAAAAAGAGGCAAAGGAUCCUCUGCUGGCCGUGGAGAACAAUCAGAGGGUCAAAGAGAAGGAAAGGGAGAGAGCCGAUUUCAUCAAGUGUCCCAUUUCCGAGACCAUCAAGAAAUUGGCGAACGCGUCGCUGAAGAGCUCCAAGUCGUUAGAAAUGACCACGAACAGCUGUUUGAAAGCUCUGAAUAAUUUGAAGACCUCGAAGUCGUUCGACAGCGUUAAAGCCGUCGCGGAGAUGGAGGGGGAGUCGCCGAGUCUUCACCAGAGGAAGCAAUUGCUCGCUCAACAAGGCGUUAUCGUUUGA